GGCUCGGGUGCUGAGUUCGAAUUAGGAUGCCUCGGAUGAUGCACACGCGCUGCUGCUCGUGUUGCUCCUCCUCGACAGACUUCGAUUCGAAGAGUGUAGCCUAAAGGGACUUCAACCGGAAACCAAACUUUUUUCUUCGAACUUUUUUUUGCUGUUGCUCUGAAGCAAAAGAGGAAAAAGGAGACGACCCAUUGAUGUCAUAAAGUACACGGUUCCUUAUUUUCUUCAUUUACUACAUGGGCUGUUGGGAAUGUUACAGCUGCCGGCCAACAGGGGAGAAGUAAACCGUUUCUGGCGAGGAUAAGGGCGACGUCGAGGGAUUUUUGGCUAGUCAACACUCACUUAACGGAUUUUGGUCCUUUAUCAUGGAAGAUGGUGCAAAAGGGGACCCAGCCCAGAGUAAAGAACCAAAGUUCCUGGGUAAGGCCGGCUGGGUGAAGAAGGGCUCUGGCAGGCUGCUGGCCAGCUAUAAGGACCGCUACGUUCAUGUGGAGAAGACAGAGAUUGUGGUGUAUGAAAAUGAGGACCUGCAGAACUGCUUAGAGAGGCUUGACCUGGAAAACUAUGAUAAAUGCCAUGAACUAAAGAGCCCCUUUAAGAAGAAGCACAGACUGAUUCUGAUCCGAUCACCCAAGUCAGGAAAUAAGGUCCAUGAUGUGAAGUUCCAAGCUCAGACUGCAGAGGAGAAGGAGGCUUGGAUUAAAGCUCUGGUCGAUGGCAUCAAUCGAGCAAGGAACAAAGUCUUUGAUGAGGUGACGGUGGAUGAAAGCAGUAAUUUAGAGCAUGUUACUCGGACAAGGCCUAAAGCGAACCGUAACCGGCGGCCACCGACCAGGAUACACAUGAAAGAGGUAGCUGAUAUGUCAUCUGAUGGUAUCCAGCGUUUGGAUCUUGAUCUUGAGAAUGCCUUAAUGCCUAAUGGGACCCAUCAUACCAGUGUUGAUGGCGCUCAAAGCCCAAUAGAGCCACUCAAAGUCCCAACUCCUCCAUCCAACGCCAGUGAAGCUGCGGAGCAACAGUCAGGGGCUGAGGAGAAAGCUCAUUCUGAGCCAGAAGUCAGCCCCCAGAAAAAGGUCAUCAAACCUCCCAUGCCUCCUAUCAAAGAGGCUAAGCCCAGUUACAAAGCUGAGGAGGAACUGGAUGAGGAUGAUGGCCCAGAGAAAAAGGUCCUGCCUAUGUCUCCAUGUAAAGAAGCAAAGCCCUGUGCCUCGCCUUUUGAAGAAGCUCCAGAGGAGGCAAAAGCUGAGAAGAAUCCCGAUGCCAGGAAGAAGACAGGUCCACCACCAACCCCUCCCAACAAACCCAGCUCCAGCAGCUCCAUGGGCAACCUCGCAGAGGCCCCGCAGUCCAGGCCAAACUCCCACCCUCCUACCCCUCCAUCGAAAGAGCAGAAACCCUCCCAUCUUGCUGUGGAGUCAGACCAAGUGGUCCAAGGCACGGCUGAAGAAUAUAAGGAGAAGGAAGAAGUCGAUAAGGAGGAGGCGACAGAAACAGCUGUGGAAACAGAUGAGCCAGACCGGUCUGUUUCUAAACAAGCUCUACCCAGUGUCAGAGAUGAUGAACCUGAGAGUCCCAGCAACAGGUCCCAAGGACAGGUUUCUGAAGAAGAAUCAGAAGAAACUAUAAGUAGUGGUAUUAACAAAGCAUCCGACGAUGAGCCACUCAGAAAGAGCCCCAGUGCUUCUUUAACCCCCAAGAAAAAGCCUGAGAAACCUGUUCAGCCCCACACGCAACACGCAGACGACAGCACAACUAUAACACAGACCAACAAGGGACAGGACCCUGCUGCAUUACUGCAAACCGCCUCACGUACCUCAGCCAGUUCUCCUCCAGCAGAAGAGGUACUACCCAAGAGUGAAGCCCCGCCAAUAGUUGUCUCUUUGAACAACCCGGUAAAGGACAGCCUCAGCCUGAGUCCGCUGCUCUGUCACUUGUCUGGGGAGAAGAAAAAGAAGACGGAGGAGAAGUCUGUAGACAGCGGUCAGCACUCGGACGCCGACAGCGAAGGCUCCGGGAGUGAGGACACGCUGGCGGCUUCCACGGCUGCGUUGAGAGCAAGCCAAGCUGGUCUGGAUGUGCUGGACGCCAGCGAGGGUGACAUUCAGAUCCCUGUUAGUUUCAGCCUGACCCGAGCCAAGCCUCAGGUUAGACCAAAGGUCUUUCCCUUUCAGCACUCACAGCCUCCCACUCCUGCUCUCAAACCCUCAACCAAGGUCCGGUCCACCUCCAUUGGAGAUCUGCUGUAUGAUUCUCCAGUGUGCAUUCCGGCGAGUCCGCAUACUAGAGCUGGGGCUGGAGGCGACGGGGCUCCUCGUGUCACGGAACUUGAGACUGAAGUGGCGCUGGAGAUGGAAAAGACGAGGGAGCUCCUGAGCAGAGUGUCCCAGUCCCAGAGGGGAGGUGGCGGGGAGGGCAAACCGGAGGAUCUGCUGCUCACGGCCAUGGAGAAGCUGAAGACAGCCGACAAUGUCCUGAGGGAAGUCAAUAAACUGAAAGUUGCAAAGAGCCCAAGCAUCAGGAAGAGCUGGUGAAUGAAUGUCAGUCAUAGCCGGGUGACUUGGAAUUGACCAUUCGCUAAACCCCUCUCCUGAACAGUGAUUGUCCAAUCAUAGCUUAGCAAGCUUAAAU